UUUAUUAGCUCCCCCAGGAAGCAUUCUUCUCAUUUCGUUUUUUCAACUUCAUUUUAUCAAUUAAAUAAUUGCUUCAAUUAUUUAAAAGCGACAAGUAUUUGCUAAACUGUUUAUUCGUUUAAAAGUUUAUGAAAUAAAAGGGUUUAACAUGUGCAAACGUUAGUGUGUUCGUGAAUUGCUUAAGAAGCUGGUGUAAGACGAAAAAAAAGUGACGACGCCGUGUCGUCAGCGACGACGCUAUGCGACCGCAUUUCUGUCUAAUAUAAAAACAAAAGACACAACAAAGUGCUCACCAGGUCACCAGGUGUGUGCACACUGUGGGCAACUGGCCUCUGCUGCUUUUUCUGCUCAGAUGGCGUAUAUACAGCAUUAAUAACACGAAAGAAAAAAGGAAAGCCGGAGUAUUUGUAAACAGCAACAUCGAAAUUAAGGCUGGGCAACAAAAACAAGGCAACGAAGAAGACAACGGCGUCUAUUGGAUCAGCCAACCAACCAACCAAUCAUUUGCACCGCAACCACCGCUAAUCAUCCGAUAAAUGUAAGCGAUUAUUCUCGAUAAAUGUUUGAACGAAGCAGUCUACUCAUGGAGUCCAGUGCUGGGCAAUGCAAUUAAAAUCGCCACGGACGAGGACUAUGGCCAGUAUUCAAAAUGAGGAACUGGCAACGCAUAACCGAAUCACCCCCCUUUGCAACACUAGCAACAAUAACAACAAUUACGCUAAUAGUAUUGACAACAAUCAUAAUGUUGGCCCAAGUAGUACUUCCGCGUCUAGCGGAAAUCUCGCACAUGCUCCUGAUGAACGGGGAACGAGCAGUAAGCGAGAAUCGCUGGAAGCGCGUAAGCAAAACCUUGAGUUGCGCCUAAGCGAGAAGAGCUGGCUGCUCCAGCAGAUCCAAAAGCAUGAAGCCGCCAUCAUUCAUGGCAACUAUGAGCAUAUGACGAUCAAUGAGUUCUUUGCCCAGUUGGCGCAGCAGUAUAAGCAUGAGCAGCAGUUGCAACAACUGGGCAAGGACAACAACAACGGGAGCGCUCUGUUGCGGCGCAAACAGAGUACAAGCAGCAACAACAACAUCACCAACAACAACAACACCAUUAAUAACAACAAUAAUAUCAACAAUAAUCGACACUCGGAGACGCAUUCGAAUCGCAGCUCCGAGUAUGAUAAUUAUCAGCCAGCUGGCAGCGGUGGCGGCAUGGGCGAUAUGCUGGUCAUAGGCGUGGCACAGCAGCAGUCGCAGCAGCAUCCGCAUGUGAAGAGCGCCCUCAAGAAGCGUCCCACACCCACGCCCACCGCCCAGAUACAGAUGCAGUACGCAGCACAGACGGCACAGCGACAACAGUUGCCACAACAGCAACAGCAGCAGCAACAACAACAUCUGCUGCUGCAUCACAUGGAUGCUUUUGCCUAUCAACAGCAGCAGCAACAGCAACGCUCGCAGACCGAUGUCAUCUCGAUGUACUCGGCCAACUCGUCGAACGUGGCCACCUUGAGGCAACAGCAUGUGGCGCCCCAGCAACAACCCAUCAUUGUGCAGUGCGACAAGUAUUAUUUGUCGCCCACACAUCAGAGCUACAGCGAGGGUGGCUUCAUCAAAUCGAGUCAGAACAUCAAGAAGUAUGUGUCGCCCCUUGCCUCGCCCAGCGCCAUUAGCUACGAGCAAUCCUCGUUGCAGCAUCAACAGCAUCAGCGACAACUCGAUGCCAUUUCGCUGGCGCCCAGUUACAUGUCCGUAGAGAUGGAGAGCGUGCAACAGCAUCAACAGCAGCAAUAUCGCUGGCGUUCACAAUCGCAUAUUGCCGCCUUGACGCCACCGCAUCCACAUCAGCAGCAGUCGCAGAAUCAGGCUAUGAACGCCAUGGCAGCGGAAACCAAAUCGCAUUCGAGCGACAUGUUGGCGGCGCCACUGCAACGCUACAACAGCAAGGCUGGCAAGCCACUCGAUGAGAUCUCGUUGUGCUCGACGACCAUCGAGAAGAAGCCCAAGUCCAAGCAGUGGCUGGAAUCGUCACUGGACGGGCCAGCAGUGGUGCGUCAAAUCGAAUCCUCGGCACACAGUCCGGUGAGCAGCAAUGGCAGCAGCGCAGCCGCAGCCUCAGCAGGUGCCGCCAAGCCGCGCAUUAAACUCUCCUCGCAAUCGAUGUCGGUGUCCGGCAGACACUACUCGAUGUCGGGGCAGCGUGGCACGCACAAUUAUGCGCCAGCUGGCUAUGCGGCAGCUGGCAAUGCCAAGGCGUUGCAGCAUGCAGACGAACGGUUUGCCAAGCUCAGUCAAUCCACCUCGUAUCUGAAUGCCAUGGAACAGACUGUGGGCAUAUCCACGUCGUAUGCGCUGGAGCCACUUGAUAUACCGCCAUUUAGGCAUCUGCCGCCCAAGCCCAAUCACAGCCAGCAGCCAACGCCGCCGCCUCGUCCGCCACCAGUCAGCAGCAACAACAAUAAUAAUAACAAUAACAAUAAUAACAGUCCGAAUGUUAACAACAACUUGUCCACUGCGCUGGUGUCGCCACCGUUGACUGUGGUCACAGCGACAGUUGCAGCGGCAGCCAGUUUGUCGCCCGAUAUUCGCAUCGAGUCGCCGAAGAACAUGACUGUGGUGCAGCAGGCCACAUUUCAGCCGUACAAGGAGGUGACCAAACCCUUUGAGAUGUCCGACUUCUACAAGUACUCGACCAAGUUCAAGCAGAAAGAAGUCGGACGACCCGAAUGACAUCAACUUUUUUUUAGCAUUAACUUUAUUUUAUGACACUUAUUUAAUCGCAUGGAUUUGCCAAUCGAAUCGGUUUCGAAUACACUUAACGAUAUUACAGAAUACUAUAUAACAAUGUUGUGGAAUGGAAAUAAUCUACUACUACUACUAUUACUAUGUUGACCUAAUGCCUUUGCAAUAAGCCUUUCCAAAAAUAGUUGGACUACAAUUACUAAUAUUGCAUUUAAAACAACAAAAAACUGAAAAACUUCUCGAAAUGCGACGAUUUCUAUAGAUAUUAAUUGAUAGCAAUUGUUAAUUGUGUACCACACAAAUUUGUACACUGAAUUUAAAUAUUAAUAUAGUCUAUGUAUUUGGUAUAUGUUAGUUAACUUGUUUUUCGAUAUAAGACAAACAAACAAAACAAAAACGAUUUGAAUGUAUUCAAUAAAUAAUUACAUAAGUACAAAUGUUUUCUAUUCUAUCGAUGUAAGAAACUAACGUUGAAAGUCAUGGAAAAGGAUUAUGAAAAUUUACCAAAAUUCAUUUUAAAUUUAUCAAAAAAAGUUAUUUACUAUUUGGUUCAUUUUUUUGCUAGUGGGUAACAAUUAAAUUGAAUGUUGUGCGGUAUUUUUUGGUCGUUAAUAAUUCUAUUUACUAUUGUACGUAUUAAGGAAAUCUUUUCUUUUAUUCUACAUGUGGAAAAUAAUAUCUAACACCAGUUGGCAUGCAUAAAUAAAUAUUUGUUUAUGUACAUUUAAGUAAGCAAUUUAAU